UUUUCUUGUGUAGACAGACUCUACGAGACUCAUGCAUGCAGUGGGACUUUUUGCUGGCCGACAGGCGGCGGUGACGAGUCGGGUCGGUGCAUCCUGGGUUCGGCGAACGGGGAGGGCCUCCCGAAAGCACGAAACAAGAUUGGUGAUUUGAACGAGUGAACUCGCCUUGUGUCCGGCUCCCAGACGCACGUGUGGCGGGACCUCUCUAUGCAGUUGCGCCGUGUGAGCAAGUCUGUCGCGUCGGGUGACCCGAGAAAUCGGUGCCGUUGCGUUCUAGAGCUCGCAGAGUUGGGUGCAGACACGGAUGCAUGUGGAAAGGACAGAAACGUUGACCUUGAAUGGCCGGACAGACGCAACGCGCGAUCUUUGCUCCCUGCUGCUGCUUCACCGAUUUUUAGUGACGCCAGAAACGUCGCCAUCAGGAUCUCUCGCUCUCUCACCUGGAGCUUGUGGGAGUGUCUCUGCCUUCUCUCUCCGCGUUAGCUGAGAGCUGUUCGUGAAGACGGGACGAAGAGGUUGCCACGCGUUUUUUGACGCGUCUCUGUAGGUACAUAAGAAAUUACGCGUCGACAUAUAUGCAUGCGCGUGCGUCUUGGGUCGCACAUAACGUCAAGGAAAGGAGGGAGAUGGUCAGGAUUGCGAGGACGCGAGGUUCUUCCGAGUUAA